AUGAACAAUGGGCGGCCGAGGCGGUUGUGUUUCACCACCGGCCGCUUCGUUAGCCCCCGACGGGCCGCGAUUAAACGUCAAUUAGAAGCAUUGUCGCUCGCUAACCGCCUCAUAAAUAAGCGGAACUGUCAAUCCCGCCGGUCCAGUUUCCCGCUUAACGACGAAGGAGCAGCGGCCGACGCAAAGACACUCCGCGUCGCAAAGUCGAACACUCCACGACGC